CCCCGGAGCCGAGCAAGGACCAUGCCAUCGUGGGCUCAGGGGUAGACCCUCGGCCCAGGAGCACCCCUACCCCGCCGUCUGGGCCUCCCCUCCACCCGGCCAUCCUGCUGGGAAGCGCGGCCGAGGGCAAGGGAGCAGGCGAUGCUGUCGCACAGCUCCAUGGUGAGGCAGAGGAAGCAGCAGGCCGCCGCCAUCAUGAAGGAAAUCCACAGACACGGAGAAAUAACCUCAAAGAGGAGUGCUCUUCGCAUGGACCGAACCACCAGAAACCGGACAGACCCGAGUAAGAGGCCGCUACUAGCCACACCCCCAACUGUGUCCUUGUGCGCCCGCUGUGCCUGGUGCCAAACCGCAUCCGGACGCGGACGUGAAGACACCAUACAGCACAACCUGGCCAUGCAGAAUGGGAAACUGGACGGAAGCCCCUCAGAAGGGGGGUCACAGCAAGCCCCCUUCACUCCUCCCAACACCCCGGACCCGAGGAGCCCCCCGAAUCCAGAAAACAUUGCACCAGGCUACUCCGGGCCCCUGAAGGAGGUCCCCCCGGAAAGAUUCAACACCACAGCCGUCCCCAGGUCCUACCAGUCGCCGUGGGAGCAGGCGGUCAGUGACCAUCCAGAGCUCCUUGAGGCGCUGUACCCCAGGCUGCUCACGCCCGAAGGCAGGGCAGAGCUGCCCGAUUACCGCAGCUUCAACAGAGUUGCCACCCCAUUCGGAGGUUUUGAAAAAGCAUCAAAAAUGGUGAAAUUCAAGGUCCCAGAUUUUGAGCUACUACUUCUAACAGAUUCCAGGUUCAUGGCCUUUGCCAACCCGCUAUCUGGCAGACGGUCCUUCAACAGGACUCCUAAGGGGUGGAUCUCGGAGAACAUCCCCAUAGUGAUCACCACCGAGGCCCCCGAGGAGCCCGCCGUCCCAGAGUCGGAAGACCUGUGAGCGGACCGCCGCGAAGGCCGCUGGGACCGCACACACAUGUCGCUUCUGUUAUUCCACUUGCUGGCAAAGCCACUCGCACUCUUCAGCAGCAGCAGCAGCAGCAGCUCAAUAGUCACUUAGCAAUGUUCCUCUUACGGCAUUUAAUUCCCACCCCGGAGCAAAUACUAAUAAACAACCCGUAAUCUUGUUUUAAA